AUGGCUUCCACCGUCAACCGCCGCGCCGCGCGCGCGGUCUCGGCGUUGCUGCGGCAGACAGUCGCGAGAUCGGCCCUGGCAGCAACCUCGCCUGCUGCUGCUAUUGUGACCACAGCUGCCCGUCGCUCCUCACUGUCCCUGCUUGUUCGUCGCGCCUACUCCUCGUCGACAUCCGCUGACCACAAGAUUUGGUCGUUUGAGGAGGUCCAGGAACUUGUCAAGAAGUCCGACUCGCCUAUUGUCAUCGUUGAUACCCGUGAGCCGGGCGAGCUCAAGGAAACAGGCCGCAUUCCCGGCGCUAUCAACAUUCCUGUCACGACGUCGCCUGAUGGCUUUUUCCUACCCGACGAGGAGUUUGAGGACCGCUUCGGCUUUGUGCGCCCGAGUCGCGACACCGAGGUUAUCUUCUACUGCAAGGCCGGUGUGCGCAGCCGAGCGGCGGCCGGUCUGGCCAAAGAGGCGGGCUGGACAAAGGUCGGCGAGUACCCGGGCAGCUGGAACGACUGGGCGGGGAAGGGCGGCACCGUACAGCGUUAA